GUCGCUGUGUCCAUGGAAAGUUUGUGUGUGUUUUUUUUUCCUUCCUGAAAGUUUACGCAGGACUGUUGUUGCGCGCAUCCAACAUGACAGAGAAAGUAACGGACACCACGGCUGGCAGUGAUUUCCUGCUGUGCUGGUUACUGCAAUGAAUGGUAACACUGUCCAGCAGACCACAAGCACUGCACUAUCCGUAGCCCCCCCCUGUGGAUGGAGGGAGUUCUGCGAGUUGCAUGCCAGCACCACGGCCCGAGAACUUGCCCAGCACUACCGGCGCUUUAUCAAAGAGCGGCCGGUACAGGAUGUGGUCCCGCCGGAAAAUUUCUCCAAGCAAUUCAGCGCACUGUUCCAGCACCACUUCAGCUGUGAGGUGGCUAAAGAUGCAGAAACCCCCCUGCGGCCACCACCAUUACUACCCAUGACCAGCCGCUUACGCAUCACUUCCUUCUCAGGGGUGCUGGAUUACCGGGAGACCGCGCGGCCAGGAGCGUCUCCGCUAGUCGCCGCGUUUGCGCCCAAACCAGAUGCCGUUGGCAUCCCUAGGGAACAGGAGCAGUUGCAGCGCUGCUCUCCUACAGACACUACACGCAGAACGCGGCCACACAGCCAGGAAGAUGAACACCCGGAGCGGAGGACCGCGUCAGAAAGAUACGCGCACCCUGCGUUUCCCUUCCCUUCCCGUAGUGAGGUAACACACAUUUCCGUCAGACGCAUCCGAGAAAGCGUAUCCCAACUCUUUAAGAAAUCUACGCAACUUGAUGAAUCUUCAAGUGGUUACCCUAGGGACGAUUCACUCCAGGUGGGCGGACCAUCUGCGACUGUUGAAAGCACCUCUCAAACCCCACCUCAGACUGUGCAGGUAACCGCCCAUCGCACCUCAAAGAAGGUUGCACUGUGGGAACGUUGGAAUCCAUUGCGAACUGUGAGACGGCGGCAAGAGACAGGAAGUGUUUGUAAAGAGGGGCAGCUGCGGUACCUGGAGGUGGAUGACACUAUCUCAGACACACCCCCGCAUUGGCUGCGCUGCCGCCUGCAGGUCAGGAGGACCAAUGACCACACAGCUAGCGAGAGGUACCAGCUAGAGCUCUACGACCCACCCAAGGACUACAAAACGCCAAAGCUUACCGUACACUGUUCGGACAUCAAAGAGAUCCGACGCUGUAAUCGCCUUGAGAUGCCAGACAAUAUGAACACAUUUGUCUUAAAGGUUACUGGCCAUCCACGUAGUUUUAUAUUUGAGGCGGAUAAUGAGCAGCGGGUGAGCUCUUGGACCACAGAGCUCAGAGAAUGCAUCACCAGCGGGUCAGAUAGUGUGGAUGGAGAACCGUUUCCUGUUAGUGACUCGCUGAAUGCAGUUCGCAGAGGGAGCACAGAGCCCAGUGGCCCGGGCUCUCUGGGAUUUGGACUCACAGAGCACGCCUACAAUAAAACGGAUCACUUCCUGUCCUCUUACCCAUGGUUCCAUGGGCCCAUAUCACGUGUGCGGGCUGCCUACCUUGUACAGCAUGCCGGGGUCAGCGGUCAUGGGAACUUCCUGGUGAGACAGAGCGAGACACGGAGAGGAGACUAUGUCCUCACGUUUAACUACCAGGGCAGAGCAAAGCAUUUACGUCUAUCUUUAACCGAAUGGGGUCAGUGUCGUGUGCAGCACCUGCGUUUCCCAUCAGUCUUGGACAUGCUGAAUCACUUCCGCAACUGUCCGAUCCCACUGGAAUGUGGCACCGCAUGUGACGUUAUGUUGGCCAAUUAUGUGCGGGUAAACCCCACUCACACAGGUCAGAGUUCGGCCGUGGGAUCUCCGGUGUUGGUGCCCUUCUCUCGCUGGAGCUCAGAGCCGAGUCUGGCUCACUGUAGCCCGGAUUCGUGCCCUCACAUGGCCCAGUCGUGUUCGCCCCCCUCAGCGUUAGUCGAGCUCCCGCACCGCGCGCCCCCUUCCCUUCCAGAUCGUCCCGUUCCCGUUCCCCUGCGCCGGAGCGAGUCAGUGGGCCGCAGAAACCUGCUCCGCCACCCCAACCCACUGCCGCCCCUCCUGCCCAACCGGGACUCUGACUACGAACUGGAGCCGCUGGACAGGGGGCGCAAGAGAGCCAUCGACAACCAGUACAUGUUCUUCUGACAGAGACGGGAUGAAAAAGCGAACAGAAGCCGCCGCGGAUGAAAAG